GUUUGUAAUCUCGUAAUUCGAGAUUUGAAAAAUAUCAAAACAAAAAAUGCUUCCUUCUCUAUUCUUCACGGGAAAUCAACGUUCAUAAAGUUUUUGGUUAACUAAUCAUUAUGUUCGGCAACAAGAGAGAUUCGGGGGACACAAAGAGGAAGGGAGCAUCGCUUAUGGCGCAAAUGGGGAUGACUCCUGACUUGAGUGCAAUGGAGAAUGAGUUAUAUGGGGAUCUGGACAAUGAUGCAGAAUUAGAGGCUGAGCUAGCUGCACUACAGGGACAUGACUCCCCAAAGAAAACUGCAAAACCUGCCAAAGGCCCAGUACAUUUGUCUCAAAUUGAUAAGAUGGCUGCUGAGUGUAUGAAAGAUGAUGAUGGAGAAGACGAUGAUAUAGAUCUUGAUGACCCUGAAUUACUGGCAGAGUUGGAUGACUUAAGUCCAGAGAAUGAACAGCCAGCCCCUGUACCCACUCAAUCCCCUACCCCAGCCCCAAGGCCUCCCCCUAGUGGCACUAAUGUCCUUGCUACCCUUGAAGAGCGAUUCACCAUGUACCAGACUGCAAUAGCAAAUGCCAAGCAAGCAAAUGAAGGAUCUAAGCAAAGAAGAUAUGAGAGAGGACUAAAGACCCUACAGGGCCAGAUAAAGACUGCCAAAGCUGGUAAACCUGUUUGUGAAGAUGACAUACCUCCACCAGUAGCCACAGGAGGAAGCAGUACCCAGAAGCCAGACAAACCCAGGGAGACACCCAAUGAACCAGAACCCAUUAGAGGGCCGAUAGAACCUGGGAAUCGACCUCCAGUUCCUUUAAGUCACCCAACCAGUUUCCCAACUGCUCCAGUAGAGCCUAGUGCCCCACCAAAACAGUUAUCUCCUACAGCACCCCCUGAUAGAGUCAUACAACCCACUACAGAUCAAGAGACAACACCAUCAGCACAAGCAUCUCAUUCUACACCAGAUAAAGAAGAAAGUGACACCCACAAACUGUUAGUUGAGAGAAAGGAGCAGUACAAACAAGCAGCCAUACAAGCUAAACGUGCAGGAGACAACACUACUGCAGCCCAGUAUCUCAAAGUUAUGAAACAAUUUGAGAAUGUCAUUAAAGCUGUGGAGAAUAAUCAAUCAGUUGAUCUAUCAAAGAUGCCUCCUCCCCCAGGUGCCAAAGUUCCUUCUGUGCAAAUUGAACGUGAUUCCCACCAAGCUAGUCCAGAUAAACCAGCUUCCAGUCAAGGUGCAGAAGGGGGAACUGAGGGGGCACUCCCAGAGACCACACAAGAAGAGGCCAAGGAGAUCUUUAAUGCCCCAGAAGCUCCCAAGUCUGUGUUAGAGGCCCUGGAGCAGAGACUGGCCAAGUAUAAGGAAUCCGAAGACAAGGCUAAGGCAGAAGGCAAUAACAGUAAAGCAAGGCGGCAUGGAAGAAUCGUCAAGCAAUAUAUAGAUGCAAUUAAAAGCCACAAGGCAGGGAGACCAGUGGAUUAUGAAGAACUGCCCACGCCCCCAGGGUUUGAUUCAAUACCAAGCCAGGCCUCUAUGCCACAAGCUUCUCCUCAGAGGCCUGCCCCACAGCAGCUAGCACCACCUGGUCAAGCCAGGGGGUCUCCAGGUCAAGUUUCACCUGGAAAACGGACCCCUUCACCUAACAGAACACCACAGAAGGCACCCAGCGUUUCGCCUUCACAACAAAAAAUAUUAAAGCGCAGUAUGUCAGCCAUGUCAAAGGCAGAGCAGCAGAGUGUGUUUUUGAAGAGACGACAGCAGGAGUUUAGAACUGCUGCAAUGGAAGCUAAGUCUAAGGGAGAUAUUGAGCUUGCCAAGAAAUAUCUCAGGCUUUCUAAGGGGUUUGAUCAGAUGAUAGAAGCAUCCGAAGCUGGCCUUCCUGUGGACAUGAAACAGAUCCCUAAGUCGCCCUAUGCUACUGCAGAUGAUGAGUUUGAGUUUGUUCAAGAGGACGACUGUGCCGAGAAUGAGAUAAAGGGAGACAGGAAUGAGAUGUACACCAAGCUACAGGAUACUCUAAUUCGACAAAUCAGGACAUCCACAAGUAACUCAGAACACUUCACGCAGCUAGGAGACGUCUCAACAGCAACUAAGUUUGAUAAAAUGAGUGAGAACUGUAGGAAGGACCUUGAUGCUUUAAAGAAUGCUUACAAACAUGGAGACCCUGUUCCCAGAUUCCACUAUGAGACAAGGCAAUUCUCACUUGUGCAAUCAUGUACAGAUCUUGGCGACAAUGAAGUUGAGUUGACGAUUAUACGAGGGAUCCAGCUGCAUCUCCCCUCUGGCUAUUCCCCUGAAGAACUGGACACUUAUGUCACAUAUGAAUUCCCAUUCCCAAAUGAAUCUCCCCAAAAGGAUAAAACAGACACAUGUAAAGAUACAAAUAAUCCAGAAUACAAUCAGUCUUUCAAGAUAGAAAUGAACAGAAAGUCAAGGUCAUUUGCCAGAGUCGUCAAAAGCAAAGCCAUAAAGUUAGAAAUAUUUUAUAAAAGAGGUUUCUUCAAAGGUGACAAGUUACUAGGAACUGCAAGUAUCAAGUUAGCACCACUAGAGUCUAAGUGUAUUCUCCAUGAAAGUUUUGAUUUGAUGGAUGGCCGCAAAAGCAUUGGUGGUAAAUUAGAGGUGAAGGUCAGGAUACGUAACCCAUUCUCAGCCAUACAAGUGGAAGAAGUGAAGGAGAAGUGGCUUGUGAUUGAUAAGUUUGAUCGAACUAUACUCUCAGGAAAUGCUCCUCCUAUCGGACAGAAACAAGCAACCAAUCAAGCCGUGUCUCCAGGAGGUAGUUCAUCUGGGCAAGUAAAGAGGGCAGCACAAGGUGCCCCAGUAGCAGCCCCAAGAAGUAACUCAGUUACCAGUAAUGAAGUGUUGAAGUAUGAGAAACAGUUAUUGGAAAAACAGAUCUCUUCAUUGAGGGGCAAGUUGUCAGCUGGCCAGGAAGAUGCCCUCAUGCAGAAAUCAAGGUCAUUGCAACAAAAUAUAGAUCAGCAGAAAUCAAGGUUACAACAAGGAGGCAUGCCAGCAUAUAGAAGCUAUCUAGAGAGCAUAGAGAGGUCAAUAGGACUCUACCACAAUGAGGCUGUUAACCUAGUCAAAGCUGGAGACCGGGAUAAAGCACAGACUAUGCUGCAGAAAAAGAAAAUCGUAGAAAAUGAGGUGCAGGCACUAAGAACAAUGCUAUCCAAAAGAUGAAGUGAUAACAUCAGAGACAUUUACUACAUCUGAAAUGUUCAUUAUUUAUAUUUUAUCAACCAUAAAUUGCUGAACAUUACUGUGAUUUGGAAUGGAUUCAUGUUAUUGAAAGUAUGUCCACAUUUGGUACAUGCCAGAGAUAUAUGUAUAGGAAACCCUACUAAAGUACCCAUGGGCAAUAUUUUGAAAGCAAUUAAAAAAGUACAACCUUGUUUAUGUGCCCCUUAGUCUUUUGAUGAUGAUAUUUGUGAAAAAGGGUGCCAUAGCAUGACAAAUUGUACCAGUUCAGUGAUAUACAUGUGCAUGUAUAAGUAAGUCUUACAUCAAGUCAGUGUAAAUAAAAGGGAUCUAGCUAAUGGUUAAACACAAGACUUCCAGUGUAAAUCAGCAGAUUCAUAAAAACAAGGAAAACCUAGGGCUACUUGAAUUAGUUUGGAGAUUUUCAGAAGGAGUACUGGGACACUAACAACCAUCAUCAGUUUUACAUACAUAAAGUUUGUUGAUGAUGCCAUUGUAUCUCUUACAAUCAUGUUUAAAACAGUAAUUACUCAGUAAAUAUACAAUAAACUAAAUACAUGUUCUCUAUAAACACACAAUGCAUCUCAUAAAUUUUCCUGAAGGAUAUGUAGGGAUGGUUUUUAGGUAAACCCAUGCCUUAGAGGCUGUUAUGAGUGUGUUAUAAUUUAAAUGGUACCCUUGGCAAGUCUGUGAACAACUUAAUGCAUGGAGACAACUUAAUCAAUGGCAGGAAGUUAAUUACAAACCUAUUAUCCCACAAUUUCUUUUUGAUUUCUGUCACUCUGUCAUUAAGGUUUGGUCCCAUAGGGGACAAAUCUUCCGAUACCUAAUCCUGUGGUAAUGUCAACAUUUAUUCUAUGAAUUAAAAGAGUUCUUACUUUUUUAUGAUUGUCUGUUAUAGAGAAUGCAGAAUAUUGCAAAUUAGAUAUUUUAACCUCCUGAGAGAGUAAUGAGAUGAUAUUGUUGUAUCUCUAAUUGUCAAUUUAUAAAUAAGAGAACACGAAUAACCAUGCUUCUAGCAAGUAUUUUUAACACACAGAUGGCAAGCAUUUCUGUAGUGACUCAUAUAGGCCUACAAUAUACUGUGCUGUAUGCUCUUUAUUUCUUGAGACAUUGUACUAGGUUGCCAAGGUUUUUGAAUUUUAUCUGAAUAAAUGAGAAAACAUAUAUUUGUCGAUAUGAUUGAUUCUUUAUCUUAUGAAAUGACAACUGGUAUUUACUAUUCAGAUGAAAAUAUAGAAUUAAUUUAUUAUACCUAUAAAA